AGCACCACACGCAUGAUUCUCCGCACAGAUCAGGAAGUGAUUCGAUCAGCCUGCUUUCUUAUCCGUUUUAUUAUGUGAGCGUGUUGCUCUGUGUGUGUGCGUGUAUGUAUGUGUAUUUGAGAGGCUACUCUCUAUAGUGCUACGAUGAUACAGAUACUCUACUAAUCACUUAUGGACUCUGUCUUGAAGCCACAACAUGGGAUCCAGACUAAAGGAAAAUCCAGAUAGGACAUUUUACUGGUUCUUUCAAGCUUCGUGCCCUAUCGCCAGAGACAAAGAUCCUGGGCUGCUGUUUCACUUCCCAGACGACUUCUGUGAUGAGGAAUGUUUGCAAUCCCUUCCUCGAUUCUGCUUCCCAUACGAUAUAGAAAGGGUGAGGGAUGGCAUAGCUGUGCAGCACUUUACAUUUGCGUUGACUGACCUGGAGGGAUGCCAGCGAUUUGGGUUCUGCAGACUCACCUCCAGCUCCCAGACCUGCCUCUGCAUCCUCAGCUAUCUGCCUUGGUUCGAAGUCUUUUAUAAACUGUUAAAUAACCUGGCAGACUAUGUGACAAAAGGCCAGACAAGCGAGAUGAGAGAAUUACUGGCGGCUCUCUACAAGCACCCUGUGCCACUGUCCGACAGCUCCGAAACUCUCCAUCUGGUUCCAUACUUCGUCGCCCCUGAUCCGAAGGCUUUACCGUCUAUUCCAGAGAGUAGGAACCUGACGGAGCUGAUCGUGGCUGUAGACGUGGGGAACCUGCUGCAGCUGUACGCUAGCAUGCUGUUCGAGAGACGUAUCCUCAUUUGUUGCAGUAAACUCAGCACGCUGACGGCAUGUGUACACGCGUGUAGCGGCAUGCUCUUUCCCAUGUACUGGCAGCACAUCUUCAUUCCGGUCCUACCACCACACCUGCUGGACUACUGCUGCGCUCCAAUGCCGUACCUUAUUGGAGUUCAUUCCAGCCUAAUAGAGAGAGUGAGGAGUCGUGCUCUGGAGGAUGUGGUCAUUCUGAACGUGGACACAAACACUAUGGAGUCUCCUCACGAAGACCUGAAGAAGCUCCCAACAGACGUGGUGACAGCUCUGAAAGUGAGGCUGAAGCGCCAGGCUGCAUUUACAGGCCCCGGUGUAGCUAAAGCAUUCCUCAGAGCUCAGGCUCAGCUGUUUGGAGCAUACAAAGAUGCCUUACAGUACCUUACAGGAGAACCCGUGUCAUUCAGUGAGGAAUUGUUUCUCACACACAAGUCUCCCAGCAUGAGGCAGUUCCUUGAGAGUGCCAUUCACCUGCAGUUUUUCAAACAGUUUAUUGACGGACGUCUAGAGAUGCUCAAUCGAGAGAAAGAGCCAGACGACCUGUUUGAGGAGGAAAUACUGCAGUGCGGCGCAUCGUCAGGCGGUGCAAAAUCUUACCAGCAGUGGAUGGGGAACCUGAAGAAAGGAGGAGGAUCUCUCAUUCUGACGGUCAAGUCCAAGGCUCAGAUGUACAAAAACGUCACAUGUCAUAGCAAGCUGAAGAACCUCAUUUCAUCAAAGGAGCAGAAACAAGCUCACAUGCUCCAGAGAGGAGGGUCUGUGUGCGGCACACACCCGUACCGCGUCAACAAAUCAGACUGCCUUCAGGACAGAUUACCGAUCACACAGCAUUUUGGAAAGUCCCGACCUCGCAGGCCCACACGCAAACCAACCGUCCAGCAGGGGGAGGAAACACCGCAGGACAACAGUGGCAGCUGGGGAGACGAGUGUUGUGUAGAGUUGGCUUCUGAUGACCUCACCGAGGAGGACGAGUUCUCUGUGAUGGCUGAUCUUGAGGAGAUGGACCUGCUUGGGGAGAUCUUCGACACAUUAAGCACACAGAGCUCCACAGAGCCGGGCUUGCUGUACAGCACACGCAGCCUCGACGUCUUUACCUCCGACUGCACCGACUUCAUCAACAGAAGGAGCUUAGCCACACCCAGUCAGGAGAGCUUGAGUCUUUCCACUGGGAACAAUGGCAGUCUGAUGAGCUGGGAGGAAGGGCUUGAAGAGGGGCCAGAUAUAGAGGAGGAGGAGUCCGAACUGCCAAACGACGAACCAGAAAGGGGCAUGAGAGAUGGGUUGAGAGAGGGUCACAUUACCUCAGGGGAGGAGAAGCCAUGUGUGGAUCUUGGAAGAUUAGAGGAGGAUCUCAUGGAUCUAAGACAGGAACUUGAAGAGGAGCUGAAUGGAAACUGUAAGAAAACUAGCACAUUAUCCAGAGAAGAUCAGGAGGAAACAAGCAGACCAUGCAGGGAAGAUAAGAAGGAACCUAGCAGACCAUCAAAAGUAGUGCCAGGUGAAGCUAUCAUAUCAUACAGAAAACAUCAUCAGGAAAAUAGCAGCUCACCAGGAGAAAAUCAGGAAAGAACUUGGCAGUCCAAACCUGAUGAUGAUAAUGGGGAAAGUAAUGGAGCCCAGGAGAGGCAAGUAAAAGAGGCAAUAAACAACACACACCAUUCAGGACACCAAGAUCUAACUCAGAAGAACAACAACCCAGGGAGUCUACCUAGAAACUCUCCCCAGGAAAAGGAGCACCUUGCUGAGGAACAACUGAAUGCAGACAGUUUGGUUAAUGCAGCCAAAAAAGAUGAGGAACAGGAAGAGUGCAGAGACCAAUCGACUCCUAAAGUGCUCUCCAAAGUGGCCUUGUUCCAGGUCAAGGCCUACCAGACCAAGGGCUCACCCGAGACCGUAAGACCCAGUUAUGGCCACAAAACCUUAGAUACACCUCUAAACAUCUUUCCACGAAGCCCUGAAGCCCUUCGGGUAACCACGAGUACAAAAACUGAUGACUUGACCAUAAAAUCACCAACCACAUCUAAUUUAUCAUCCACAGCCACAGAGGACGAAGACCUUCCUCUACCGAAAGUGUCUGAACUUAAAAAGAGAUUUGAGCAGUGACUGACUGCAGGGAUCGUUUCAUGGCCAUGUCAGUGUUAGCUGCCAGAGAUGCCCACCUUUAUUUGGAGUGACCACAGAGGUGUAUUAUGAAGAAAAGCACAAGCAGAUGUCUAGUUUACUCAAGCACAUCCUACUAUUAAUGUGUAACCUAUUAAAGUGCGGUCGAUACAGUACUUGCUCCGCUGUUGCACAACAAUCCUACUGUUCAAACCAGUUCACAAAACUGAACAUUUAAAAGCACAUUUCUUUUGUCCAUUUAAAAAAAAAAAAAAAAAAUCAAUAAUUUCUUUCUAAAUAAAUCUUAUAGACUUUGACGGUGUUAUUUUUUCCCCCCCAUGACAAAAAAAAAAGUAUAUUUACACUCAUUAACAAUAUUACACCCACUGAUGAUAGUUCCUGAAACUGUCCAAAGAAAUAAAUGAAGGAGUGCACUGGUCCUGGAAAUUAGAAGCUAAAGUAGACAAAAUCUUUACUCAAGUAAGAGAGCAAUUACCCUUUUAAAAAAAAAUAAAAAUUUAAGUAAAUACUCUUGGUUUAUAAAAAAAAAAAAAAAAACCUUUACACACAACACCACAUUCUUCACCUAGUUAAGAUUUAAGUAAAUCUUUUAAACAUCAGUCAAGUAAAUUAUGAAAGUAAAAGUAGAAGGAAACUUCACAAAAUAAAAAGACGUCCAUUUUCAAAUCAUAUGCUGAUUUUAGUUACUCAUGGUAAUGUAUUGCCUUUUUCACCAGUAAACCAUGUAACAUGGGAAAAUACUGCAUGAGCUAAGGUUAAUUAAUUUAGUCCUUCCCUAAUUUAGUCUUGGCCCCUCACCAGUUACAUCUCCCCAUCAUACGGUACAAUAGCGACCAACCAGGGAGGGUGAAGACAGUCACGUGUUUCCUCUGAGACGUGUGUAGCCAGCCACCCACAUCUUUUUAAACUGUUGCUCAUGCUGCACCUGCAAGCAACGUCUGAAUUACGAUGUUCUCAAUUCUACUCAAAAACAGGUCUAAUGCAGCAAAGCAACAAACCAAACCAGGGCAAAUGGUUCCUGGGAAGAAUCUUAUGGUGCAUACGGUGCGACAUUUUUUAGUUCCUACCUGCGAUGAGUUCAUAUGUACUGUCUGACAUGCAAAAACUAAAUAAAUAAUGAAAAUCUUGUAAUCAUCGUUUGUUUCAUCUCAUCCUCUCAUAUACGACCUCUAAUGAAAUGUGUAUAGAGACUUUACGGAGAAAAAUAAAGCUCGGAAGAAACUGG